UGUGACAGCGCGGCACAAGAUGCAGGCAUGACACAGCCACGACUGGCAGAAAUCAAGCUUCGCCCAGGCGCACCACAAGGCUUAACGGCUAGGGCUAUGCCCACUCGUCCCUCGGCCGCAUGCGCCGCGCGGGGCCCAGCUCGGUAGCCUCCAGCGGCACGCUCCCAAGACUGCUGCGCCCAUUCCUGUCCAUGUUGACCCUGGGUCUGUUACCUUCCUCUGCCCAUAUAAGCACAGCACCUCGUUGGGCGCCCGCGGUCGCCGUCACAGAACACAGAGGACACAAGGGCCGAUUACGAGCUGGGCGUAGAGACAGAUUCCGUGCGAGCUGGGCGCAAAGACAGACUCCUGGCCGUUGGAGCCGCGCAGACGCACGACACACAAGAAGCAGACCAUGGCAGCGCAGGCGGGCAGCAGCAUGGCGCAGCCGGCCAAGCCGCAGAGGACGACGACCAGCGAGAGCAGCAAGGGCCCCGAGGGCGGCUACGACGACACGCCGAUUGCGCGCAGAGAGCCCGGGUAUACGGUCAAGUUCACCUUCCACCGCGCGAACAGUCUGCCGCUCGCCGACAUUAACACGCUGUCCGCCGACCCCUUCAUCCUCGCCGAGCUCACGACGGCGCUGCCCGCGCGCCACAAGGAAGACCCGCCGCUGACGCUGCGCACGCGGACGGUGCGCCAGAACACGGACCCCGUGUGGGAGCAGGAAUGGAUCGUGGCCAACGUGCCCGCGAGCGGCUUCCGCCUCAAGUGCCGCAUCUACGACGAGGACCCGGCCGACCACGACGACCGCCUCGGCAACGUCCACGUCGACGUCGCCGCCGUGGACGAGAGCUGGGCCGGUAUCCACGAGCAGUCGUACGCGCUGCGCAAGCGCAUGAUCAGCAAGCGCGCCUUCGUGCUGCGCGCCGUCGCCGUGUGCAUCCGCAAGGCCGAGCACAUGAACGGCACCCUCACCGUCAGCGCCGAGGUGCUGGGCCGCACCCAGGACGAGCUCGGCGGCCGCUGCUACACCGUCGGCCCGCAGUUCUGGAUUCGCCACUACUCGCCGCUGCUGGGCCGUCUGCUGGGCCAGAAGGAGCCCGACGACUCGGGCAACAUCUCGCGCCGCACCGGUAAGACCAAGGCCGAGCGCUACAACUUCCAGUCAAAUCAGCUGCAGCUGCGCGGGCCCGUCCCCGAGCACAUGUACCACCGCUACGUCGUCUUCAAGCCCUUCGUCAAGAGCAUGUUCACCGCAAAGGGCGUGCGCGGCUUCAUCCUCUCCAAGGCCCUGCACCACCAGCACGCCCGCGUCUACAACUUCGACCACGCCACCGAGUAUAGGGACUUCCCUGAGCCGUGCAGGGCCUUCACCCAGAAAUUCCUCGAGCUGGUCCACUACGACCAGGGCGGCCGCAUCUUCACCUAUGUCCUGACCCUGGAUGCCCUCUUCCGCUUCACCGAGACGGGCAAGGAGUUUGGUAUCGACAUGCUGUCCAAGCACACCAUGCACAGCGACGUCGCCGCCUACAUCGCCUUCAGCGGCGAGUUCUUCGUCCGCCGCCUCAAGCACCCCAACAAGUCGCCUGAGGACCCGUCGCAAUCAUCCCACCCCCCGCAGGACAUGGACGGCGGCCCGCCCAAAGACGAGCCCAAGACGGACCCCUCCUACUACGAGCUGAUUAUUGACAACGACAGCGGCACGUACCGCCCAAACGCCACACUGCUCCCACAGCUGAAAGCCUUCUUCGAGGCAAACUUCCCCGGUCUGCACGUCCGGACCCUGGACUGCCAGGGCGACGCCGAGAAGAUGGCGCACAUGAAGGACGAGCAGCGCGAGAAGAAGAAGACAGAAGGCGAUCACGUCGUGUACACGCAGGCCUCGCGCUCCUCGUCCGUCUCGUCGAGCGACAUCUCCGAGCUGGACCGCCUCGAAGGCGACGGCGCGCACGAGGAGAGCCACCUCAGACACCAGGUGCAAGGCGUAGCGGGCGCCAAGGCGGGCGCGCUCAAGCACCGCAUGGGCGACUUUACGCCGAGUCACAAUCACGAGGGCUGGAGGGGGAAACACCACGACGUCAACCAGGAUACCGCCGACGUCGAGCGGCAGAGACAGCAAAGCGCGCAGUCGAAACCGCCGCAGCAGCACGGCGAAAACGACGCGCAUGAUGGCGCACAAGUGCAGGCGGGCAGUGCGUCACCACCGUAGUACCGUGGGGAGCGUUGAACCUGUGUUUUUUCGAUACUUCUUAGGUUCUUGGGUUUGUAAGUGUGUACUGCAGAGCGAGGCAUCAUACGCACGCUCGCUCAUCGAGAUACCCGCCAUCUACUGGUUUCCUUAUUCGGCAUCGAGCCGGAGAGUCGUACUUAGUCGCAGUGUCGUGUUGUUAUUAAAUGGCGCAAGCAAGUAUUCAGUAUUGUCGACACCCACGUACGACCAAGGCCAAGACCAAGACCAAGACCAAUACCGUUCGGCUGGUUGUCGGCCGAAUCGUCGCGCUGCAUCACUCCGCACUUAAUACUGCGACGCUGACAAAGUAUGUUAAUUAGUAUAUAUUCU